AUGUCCGAAAAGAUCAAGGAGUUUGUUGAAAUCCCCCAACAAUUCGUCCGCGAGGGCACCCAGGUCUGCGCAUCGUCUUAUGCAUAUUAUUCUCGACUCACCAGCCAAGUUUUUGACACGUUGCACCAAGCCUUCCGACAAAGGUUCACUAUUCCUUGCUCUAUUUGUUCAAUAACCAAGCACUAUUCAGAGUUCUCUCAAAUCUGCAAAGCCGUCGGUGUAGGCUUCGCUGUUAUGGGCUUCAUUGGCUACUUCGUCAAGCUCAUUCAUAUCCCAAUAAACAACAUUCUUGUGUACGCCAUGCUUGUCAUUUCCCUCAGAAUCUCACUAAGACCUUCCAACAGCGGAGGGGCAUAG